AGCUAUUACAGUCUAACAACAGUGACCAAUAGAAAGAGAAGAAGAUCCAAGAAAGCUGAGGACAGGAAGCAAACACAGUGGUUAGCAACCAAAGGCUGUGAAUUUACAGUGAUUUCUAACUGGCUUCAGAUAGCUCCAGGAACUUGACUAACAAGGCAAACAAUGACUCUAAAAGUCUAUACAAGCCUUUUGCUCUUAUUCUUGGUCAAUUGUGUGUGGACUCGAACUGUGAGACAAGUUUAUGAUGAACUGGAUCCUGAGCAUUGGUCUCACUACACUUUUGAGUGUCCACGAGAGUGCUUUUGUCCUCCUAGUUUCCCCAAUGCAUUAUACUGUGAUAACAAAGGACUUAAAGAAAUACCUGCAAUCCCAGCAAGAAUUUGGUACCUCUAUCUUCAGAACAAUCUAAUUGAAACAGUUUCAGAGAAGCCUUUUGUGAAUGCCACUCAUCUGAGAUGGAUAAAUCUGAACAAGAAUAAGAUCACCAACAGUGGCAUUGAGAGUGGUGUGCUGAGCAAGCUGAAAAAGCUGCUUUACUUAUUCCUUGAAGAUAAUGAAUUGGAAGAGGUGCCUGCCCCAUUACCAGUGGGACUGGAACAGCUGAGACUGGCUAGAAAUAAGAUCUCCAGAAUCCCAGAAGGAGUCUUCAGCAACUUGGAAAACCUUACUAUGUUAGAUCUGCACCAGAACAGUCUGUUGGACAGCGCUCUUCAAAGCAACACCUUCCAGGGGCUCAACAAUCUUAUGCAACUCAACAUAGCAAAAAAUUCGCUCAAGAAAAUGCCUUUAAGCAUUCCAGCUAACACACUGCAGCUUUUUUUGGACAACAACUCCAUUGAAGUGAUACCAGAAAACUACUUCAGUGCAAUACCCAAAGUGACUUUCCUUAGGCUGAACUACAAUAAAUUAUCCGAUGAUGGUAUUCCCCCAAAUGGGUUUAAUGUUUCAUCUAUUCUAGAUCUACAGCUGUCUCACAACCAGCUCACUAAAAUUCCACCGAUCAAUGCUCAUCUCGAGCACCUUCACCUUGAUCACAACAGAAUCAAAAGUGUCAAUGGUACUCAGAUAUGCCCAGUCUCAAUUGCCAUAGCAGAAGACUAUGGUUUUUAUGGCAACAUCCCUCGCCUCCGAUACCUUCGCCUGGAUGGAAAUGAAAUUCAACCUCCAAUACCUUUGGACAUCAUGAUAUGUUUCCGACUACUUCAAGCUGUUGUCAUAUAAAGAUAUUGCAGUGUCACUCUUGUGUUGUGAGAGUGCUAAGAUACAAGUUUUGCUGGAAUGAAACUUGUUCUAACUCAUAAAUCAAGAAGUAACAGCUUUAUUUUGACUUUAAUUUUUUCCUUGCUUACAUCUUUUCUAUGGCUGAAAAGAUUGUUCUUCCUUCAGAAGAGAUUUUGGAUGGACAUGAAACACAUGCUUAACAUUUACCUAAGAAUUCCUAAUGAGAAUGUGUUGAAAAUCGUCUGUGUAAGAACCCAAAUAUUCCAAAGCAAAUUCUUGUCUACUCUGCCUCUCUUUCUUCUCGGUCUUUUCUUUCAAUGCCUAUCCCAUUAACUUCAUUGCUACAGACAAAUUAUA